AUGAGAGAUGGAGGUCUUUGGUGUUAUGAUUCCCAGGAUCCUAAAUGCGGUCCUUCUCACUGGAAGGAGAUCGCAUCAGGGUGUGGCGGACAGAACCAGUCGCCCAUUAACAUCGAUAGAAGAAAAGUGAGACGGGACUGGAGCUUGGAUGAGAUUCUGUUUGAAGGCUACGACCAGGCGCCUCCAGGCAGAUGGAGACUAAUGAACAACGGCGAUGAAGUCAAAAUGACCUUGGACGGAGCAUCGGCUGCGGAACAAAUCAACAUCACCAGAGGAGGCCUGCGGGAUACUUAUCGGGCCUUGCAGUUCCACUUCCAUUGGGGUGACCUCAAGAGGAAUGGCUCAGAACACUACAUUGAUGGGAUACAGUAUCCCAUGGAACUACACAUUGUACACAUGAACAUCAAAUACAAAACCGUCAGUGAAGCUAAGCAACAUCCAAAUGGACUCGCUGUUCUGAGUUUCCUGUUCAAGAUAGCAGACACCGAUAACACGAAUUACAACACCAUUGUUGCCAGCCUGAGAAACAUCUCUCGUGCAGGGGAAUACGUCGACAUGGCGUCCACCUUUUCCUUGAGCAAUCUUCUCCCCAGCUUAGCUUCAUUAUCCAAAUAUUACCGCUACAAAGGGUCUCUCACCACACCAAACUGCGAUGAAGCGGUCAUCUGGACAGUAUUUGAAGAGCAGAUUCCAAUCAGCAGAUCCCAGCUGAAUAUAUUUGUGGACGUCACAUACUUCAAAAGUUCAGCUGGGACACCCCAGAAAAUGAUCAACAAUUUCCGUCCUUUACAGCUUCUUGGUGGCCGCACCGUCUAUGCUUCCCGCGAUGCCACCAUCAGCUGUGGCUCUUCUCUUGUUGCCAAUUUACUUCUUCCUCUGCUCUUGUCUUCUUUGAUUGGCCAAUUCUCUGGUUCCUCCUAG